GAUCCUCGUCAUCUUGUUACACUUUUAGUUCCGCUCAGAAACAAUUUUCAACUAGAAAGAAUUUCUAAUCACAAGUUCCGGGACAACAAUCGGAGUCUGUGCGGGGAAACCCCCAAUCAGGACUACGUGAGCGUCCGGAGCGGAGAGGUCUCAGAUUCAUCCCACCGAUCCCCCCAGAGAGAGAGAGACGCUUCCCACACCGCCAGAGUAAGAAAUAGAAAGACGAUGGCAGAGGGGGGGCAUGUGGAUGAAAAUCAGAACGCACCCGUCAGCGUCUUCCAUCGGUUGGCCAGCUUCCCUCUCGUUCAGUCGGCCUAUCAGAUUGCUUCGUUUGCGUACCGCGAUGUGAAGACCGUACACCCGGCGGUGGGAUAUUUCUGCGAGGUGUCGGAACGAGGGGUGAAAGCGGCCAGUGACUUGGCUUUGUCCGGGGUCUCUCCGCUCCUAAAAGUCAUGGAACCUCAGAUCACAGCGAUCAAUAACGUCGCUCUCCAAUUGGUGGACGGAUUAGAGAACAAACUCCCCGUACUGGACCAGCCAGCGGAUGAGGUGGUGUCAGAACUUCGGGAGAACGUGGUGAGCGGGGUCAGGGUGGUCAGGGACCGGGCCCUGGGAAGAGUGCGGAACGUGGUGGACAGAACUCAGGCCGUGGCCAGGGAAUCCUAUGAGGUCCUCUCUAUAACCACCACUUUCAUGGGGACGUUGGAGGUCCAGGACUUGGUGAAAGUCGCAGCUUAUUUCGUUUUGACCCAAGCAGAGGAGCUGGUGGAUCGCUACCUACCCAAGGAAUCAGACGCAGGAGGACCAGAGAGUAGCAGUAGCAGCGGCGAUGGGAUCGAUGAGACGGAUGGAUCGAGGUUCGACCUGAUCACACGCUCCCGACAACUGGUCCGCUCCGUCAUUACAAGAAGCUUCCGGAAGCUUCGGUCAUUUCUGGACCGGUACUGGAAUUUCCUGCAGGGCGGAGUCAGCCUUCUGCUCACCAUCCCAUCCCAGGUGAGGCGUUGUGUUCAGGGGGUGCUGUGGUCGGUGCUCCCCCAAGCCGGCCCUGAAGAAGAGGCGCUAAGGAAAGCCCGGGUCAGGAAGAAGUCUGCGCCCAGGCCGGGCCGAUCACCGAGGAAGUCUCAGUCCAACCUUCAGCAAGGCUUCGUCUUCCGGGCCGCCCCCAACGACCGGCGCCAGGCUAACGAUACGGAGCGGGUGAGAGUCCGGGCCCGGGAGGGGAGACGCCAGAGCUUUGACAGUUCCUUCUUCCCCAGCCGGAUCCAGGAGGACGUGGGGGAUGUCUUCUAUCCAUAAAUGUUCACUUUUUAUUAAACCUUUAUCCCGUAGAGUUUAUCUGUUAUUAUCUCAUAUAUCAUUUGUUAGAGCUGAAGUUUAAUCUGCUUAUAUUCCCCUCCCCCUCACCAACAUGAUGAUGAUGUUUUUAAAAUAAAACC